UGCAGUUGACUUUGAGCAUGCGUAUAUAUUUAUAAGUGACGUUGAAGAAAAUAAUAUAAAUAAUCUCAAAUUUUAAUAAUAUUUCUUUUGAUAGCAAAUUACUAGAUUAAAAUAGCUUAGCAUAAGGGCAAAAAUGGCAAAUCAUUAAAUCAUCCCAAAUUUUUCCCGAAUCGAUAGUGAUUAGGUUCUCGAUUCAUAGCUUGGAUCAAGUAACAGAAUCUCCGUUUGUUAAUUGCCGAUACAAUCAUCUUCUCCAGAUCCAAAUCAUUGUUUUUUUUUAUUUUUUUUUCGUAUUUCCCCAAAUGAUUCCUUUACUCUUCACAUCUUCAAGUUUCCUCAGCCACUGAAUUCACAUUGCUUUUUGCUCAACUACUGUAUUUAAUCAUCAAUUUCUGCUAAUUGAGCGCGGAGUUUGGCAUUUGAUUUUACGUGAUGCGGUUUUUUAGAAGUUUUUGAAGGAUCACAAAUCAUUAUUGACGAUUGAUGAAUGCAUAUUUGUAAGAGCAAGUUCCCAAUUUCGAGGGCGGCUUCUGUGUGUUCACGAGCGCUCGUUUGUUGGAAUUUACCCCGCUGCCGCCUCUCUGUUUGCGGAAUGUUGUAGAAUUGAUAGUUAUUUAAGUAAUUUGAUUAUUGAGUCUUACAUUUGGAUAUCGUAAAGGGAGUUGAAUUUGAAGAAGAAGAAGAGCCAUGAGUUCUGCUUCAACGAAAGAAUUAUCCAAAAAUGCUUAUCCGAAGACACUUUUGUCGAUUGUUGCUUCAUUUGGAGGGCUAGCCAUGUUUCUUCUACUCGCCUCAACUGUCUUGGUCUCGCAACCUAUUGGUUCUACUGUUCGCGGAUAUUUUUAUGGUGUCGACAGCUCAAAUAAGAUCGAUUCAGAUUCCUCCCUCAGACAUUCAGUUCCUGAACCUAGUGACAUUGUAGGAGAAUCCAAUUCAACUUUUUCGCCUGGUAAUGAAAAUGAAGUUAUUUCUCAGAAAGGUGAUACUAAAUCUGCUGAAUCUGACAGAAGUGAUGGCGAGGGAACUUUGUUCGAAAAACACCGGCCUCCUCAAUCUCAGGAUAAGAAUGAUGUGUCAGAUUUAGGACAAUUAGAAUCUGAGAAUUUGAAUGAUAAGUUUCUACAUUCUAAGGAAACACGAGAAGAGGAUGGCAAUAAAAGUUCGUCUUCCGAUAAUGCACAAACAGAUUUAAAAGACGUUGUGGAGUCUUCUGCGGCUACCACCAGCUCGAGUCAAGCCAAUGUUGCUGAUUCAGAUUGUGAUCUUUACCAAGGCAAAUGGAUUUUUGAUCCAGCUGGACCAUUGUAUACGAAUAAUUCAUGUCCAGUGCUCACUCAGAUGCAGAACUGUCAAGGGAAUGGAAGACCAGACAAAGAUUACGAGAAUUGGAGAUGGAAACCGUCAGAGUGUGACCUACCUAGGUUUGAUCCGAAGAAGUUCUUGGAGUUAAUGAGAGGAAAAACAUUAGCUUUCAUUGGUGAUUCAGUGGCAAGAAAUCAGAUGGAAUCAAUGCUCUGUAUCCUGUGGCAGGUUGAGGUUCCCAAAAACCGAGGCAACAAAAAAAUGCAACGCUACUAUUUCCGAUCCACCUCUACAAUGAUUAUUCGAAUAUGGUCCUCCUGGCUUAUCCAUCAAACAACCGAACCAUUCGAUUUUGCUCCAGCUGGCGUAACUAAGCUCCAUCUCGAUGCACCCGACGAGGGGUUCAUGCAAUACAUCACAGAUUUUGAUGUUAUUGUCCUGUCUUCUGGCCACUGGUUCGCAAAGCAAUCAGUGUACAUAUUGAACAACGAGAUUGUAGGUGGGCAGCUUUGGUGGCCAGACAAAUCCAAAAAACAGAAGAUCAACAAUAUCGAAGCUUUUGGAGUAUCUGUCGAAACAAUUCUCACUUCAAUGGGCACACAUCCAAACUACACCGGUCUCACAAUUCUCCGAAGCUUUUCGCCGGAUCACUACGAAGGCGGAGCAUGGAACACUGGUGGAUCGUGCACCGGAAAAGUCAGCCCCGCUUCGGAAUUAGUCGAAAAUGGAUUUACCAAUAUCAUGCACGAGAAACAGGUGAAUGGUUUUAACAGUGCAGUGAAGAAAAUGAAUAAUAAAUCAAGAAUGAAAUUAAUGGAUAUUACGGAAGCCUUUUCAUAUAGGCAUGAUGGGCAUCCGGGCCCUUAUCGAAGCCCGGAUCCUAAUAAAAUUACCAAGAGGGGCCCGGAUGGUAAGCCCCCACCACAGGAUUGCUUGCACUGGUGCAUGCCUGGACCAGUCGAUACAUGGAAUGAGCUGGUAUUUGAUAUUAUACGAAGAGAAUUCGACGACAGACAGAGAAAUUCAUCUUGAGAUUACGUAACCACACGAUUCUGCUCUUCGAUACAGAGAUACAUAUAUUAUUAUUUUUUUAAUCUUUAGAGUACUUUGAAUUAGAAAAGAUAAUGUAACUUAUGGCUAAGGUGAGGGUACCGUUUUGUAGUUAUAAGCUUAUUAUUUUGCUUAAUGUUAUCAUCCUCUGUGUUUAUCUGGUUCUGAAGGAUGCAAAAAUAAUGAUAAAUAAUGUAAUAUUAAUAUAUAUAUGUGACAUUAAUAUGA